AUGCGACUGCUCGAGAUAAAACAUGACGACACGAUCGCGCUCACAGAGGACCUGGUGGGCGCAAGCAACGUGCCCGCCUACGCCAUACUCUCACACACCUGGCUGUCUGGUCAGGAGGUCACCUUCGACGAGUUUAAUAGAGGUCUUGGACGUGACAAGGCUGGCUUCGACAAGAUCCGCUUCUGCGCACAACAGGCUCAGCAAGAUGGCCUGCGGUACUUCUGGGUGGAUACGUGCUGCAUCAACAAGGCAGAUCCUGUCGAGCUUCAGCAUGCGAUCAACUCCAUGUUUCGCUGGUACCAGAGAGCGACUCGAUGCUAUGUUCUUCUAACAGAUGUGCUUGGUGUUGAGCCAGCGAUUGACCGUGUACCCAGCAUACCUGCUUGGGAAGGAGAGUUUAGGCGAAGCCGCUGGUUUACUCGAGGUUGGACGCUCCAAGAGCUGCUUGCCCCACGUAUUGCAAGCUUCUACUCGAGAGACUGGACGCAUCUAGGCGACCGAGACAACCUAAAACAACUCAUCCACGAGAUCACAAACAUCCCCUGUUCUGCCCUUACUGGAGCCUCAUUAGAUACCUUUAGUGUAGAGGAGCGCCUAUCUUGGUCGAACCAGCGUCAGACUACGCGUGAAGAAGACAAGGCGUACUCGUUGCUGGGUAUCUUUGGCGUCUUCACGUUCCUCAACUAUGGCGAAGGUGAGACCAAUGCUUUUAAAAGGCUACGAAAAGCGAUCGCAGAAGACUCGCAGGAAUUGUCCCAGCUACAGGCGUCAGCGGGGAGUCUUGGAGGGAGCCUCACCACCUAUACACCUGCUGUCCACAAACCCUCCUACUACAUACCGUUCUCAAGGAACCGAUACUUCGUUGGAAGGAAAGAAGAGCUUGAGAUCCUCAAUCAGACGCUGCUGGAGGGCACAGGUUGCCAAAAGAUGUCGAUUGUGGGACUCGGUGGGACUGGAAAGACUCAGCUAGCCUUGCGGUUUGCAUACACAAUCAGAGAAACCAUGCCAGCCGUCUCGAUUUUCUGGAUGCCUGCACUCAGCAUGGAGAGCUACGAGCAAGCCUGCGUAGCCGUUGCCACUGCUUUACACAUCAGUCAGGCGGAAACGAGUAAAGACAACGUAAAAGAGCUAGUGAGAGAGCAUCUAAGUGCGGAUCAGGCAGGACCGUGGCUACUUGUGCUCGACAACGCAGAUGAUCACGACAUCUUAUAUGGCACCGAGCAUGCUGCGGGCAUCAUCGACUACCUACCGGAGAGUGAGAAGGGCAUGACCGUGUUCACUACACGAGUGCAAGAGUUAGCCGUGUCGUUAACGCGAGGUGACGUUCUAGAACUGGGGUCUAUGAGCAGACUAGAUGCCAUGAACUUCUUAGAGAAGUCUUUAAUCAGAAAGAACCCCACUGAGGAAUGCGAAGAGCUGUUAAACGAAUUGGCGUACCUCCCUUUGGCCAUCGCCCAGGCUGCCGCGUACCUGAACAUGAAUAGAACAACUAUUACAAGGUAUCUGCGGCUGCUGAGACACACAGAGCAAGAUACCAUUAGUCUGAUGAGCAAAGAGUUCCGGGACCAAACACGCUACAAGGGCUCGGCGAACGCAGUGGCCUCGACGUGGGUGGUAUCGUUCAGUCAGCUUCGAGAGCGCGAUAUAGUGGCAGCAGAUCUGCUAGCAUUCAUGUCGUGCAUUGAGUGGAAGGCAAUACCACAGUCGCUGUUGCCGAAGGUGCAGUCGCAAGAGCGAUUAGAAGAGGCUAUUGGCACGCUCUGCGGGUACUCGUUUGUAUCAAGGCGGGAAGGCAACAACACUCGUGAGGUUGAUGGAGGAGAAGAAUGGUAUGAUCUGCAUCGACUCGUGCAUCUAGCUAUCAAAGUUUGGGUAGAAAAGUGUAGUAGUGCUGCAGGUGUGAGCCAACAAGCUAUGGCGCAUGUUGCCGAGGUCUUCCCGACCGACGAGUUUGGCAAUGAGGCCGUCUGGAGAGCAUAUAUGCCUCACGCACUACGACUACUUGACACAAAAACAUCUGUUGAUGCUGAAAGCAGAGCCAAGCUAAGUCAUUGGGUGGGACGAUGCUUAAUGGUCGACGGUAGAGUUCUAGAAUCAGUGAGAUGGGCGGAGGAGUGCUUGCGGUGCAGGGAAGUGCUAGAUGAAGAUGAUCCAGAUCGGCUGGCAGCGCAGCAUGCGCUUGGUAUUUCCUACCAGGAGAAUGGACAGGUUGAGGAUGCUAUAAGAUUACUAGAGCAUGUAGUUAAGAUACGAGACACUACACUCGCAGAGGCUCACCACAAUCGGCUAGCGUCGCGGCAUGCGCUUAGUAUUUCCUACGCGGAGAAUGGACAGGUUGAGGAUGCUAUAAGAUUACUCGAGCAUGUAGUUAAGAUACAAGACACUACACUCGCAGAGACUCACCCCAAUCGGCUAGCGUCGCAGCAUCAGCUUGCUGUUUCCUACGCGGAGAAUGGACAGAUUGAGGAUGCUACAAGACUACUAGAGCAUGUAGUUAAGAUACGAGACACUACACUCGCAGAGACUCACCCCAAUCGGCUAGCGUCGCAGCAUGCGCUUGCUGUUUCCUACGGGGAGAAUGGACAGAUUGAGGAUGCUACAAGACUACUCGAGCAUGUAGUUAAGAUACGAGACACUACACUCACAGAGACUCACCCUAAUCGGCUAGCGUCGCAGCAUCAGCUUGCUGUUUCCUACUACGCAAAUGGACAGAUUGAGGAUGCUACAAGACUACUAGAGCAUGUAGUUAAGAUACGAGACACUACACUCGCAGAGACUCACCACAAUCGGCUAGCUUCGCAGCAUGCGCUUAGUAUGUGCUACUACGCGAAUGGACAGAUUGAGGAUGCUACAAGACUACUAGAGCAUGUAGUUAAGAUACAAGACACUACACUCGCAGAGACUCACCCCAAUCGGCUAGCGUCGCAGCAUCAGCUUGCUGUUUCCUACCAGGAGAAUGGACAGGUUGAGGAUGCUAUAAGACUACUAGAGCAUGUAGUUAAGAUACAAGGUACUACGCUCGCAGAUACUCACCCCUUUCGGCAAGCGUCAGAGGCCUGGUUACGCCAUAUGACUUCUGAUUGA